AUGGCCCUGGGCUCGCUGGUCUUCUUGGUGAGCGGGCUGGCCGUGCUGGGCUACGCCGCGGCCCUCAGCGCCCAGCCCACCUACCAGGGGGUCGUCCGGGCAGUGUGUGGGGCUGCGGUGGGAAAGCUCUGCGAGGUCUGCUUCCUCCUCAACCUCUUCAUGAUCUCUGUGGCCCUCCUCAGGGUGGUGGGUGACCAGCUGGAGAAACGUGAGUUCAUCCUGGGCACGCUGGCCGCCUGCUACCUCACCCUGGUCAUUGUCCUGAAGUACCACCUGCAGGCAGAGAGCCUGGGCUCGCCCGAGCCCCCCCAGCCCUCCAGGGCCUCCUCCUGGGCCUCCAUCUUCAGCGUCAUCCCCACCAUCUGCUUCGGCUUCCAGUGCCACGAGGCCUGCGUGGCCAUCUACAGCAGCAUGCGCAACCAGAGCUUCUCCCACUGGGUCGCCGUCUCCGUGCUCUCCAUGCUCAUCUGCCUGCUCAUCUACUCUCUCACUGCCCGCUUGCUCUUUGGCAUCUCCAUCGUCACCAUCUACCCCAUCGUGGUGCUGCUGGGCAGGUCGGUGGUGCGGGACAUGUGGGAGACCCCCAAGCGUGGGACCACAACGGUGCCCGAGGUGCAUGAGCGGCGGAGCCGGGUGGCGCUGACGGUGGCCUGGAUGGCCACCACGCUCGCCAUCGCCCUCUUUGUCCCCGACAUCGGCAAGGUCAUCGAGCUCAUCGGGGGCAUCAGCGCCUUCUUCAUCUUCAUCUUCCCAGGGCUGUGCCUGGUGUGCAUGACCGGGACCCGCACCCUUGGGCCACGCAAAAA